GGCAUGCUAUACAAUAGUUGUAAUUACUAGAUUUUGUUGAGUUUACAAAUACACCCUUAUUAGUUUGUUGUUUUCCCCAUUUUAAGUGGGUAAGCAGAUCCAGAGAUUGGUAGUAGUUGAGUAGCAUACUCUUUCUUUAGCUAAGUUUAUACUCACACAACCGUUGAGCUAAUAUCCUCUCCUCUCUUCUUAGCUCUCUCUUUCUUCGUUUCCUUCUUAAAGGGGGAACCUUUUUGCCUUAACUUUUUCUAUGUUCUGUAUGUAUUUGGGUUGCAACCUAUUCUGGAUCUGUUCUUGAAAAUAUAUUAAUUAUUUUUUUUGCUAAUUUUAGCUGAUAGAAGGUAUCUAUACGAGGAUAACAAAUCUGGGUCGUUGUUUUCUUGGAUUUUUAUCUCAUGGUUUGACUGAUUUAGUUCAGUAAGUCAUUUGUCUUACAAUUGCAGAUUCCAGUCAGUAUUUUGGUCAGUCUGUAGAAUAUUGAAAAUCAACACAACAUGUGAGUGUUUCCAUUUGGGACUUAACCUUUGGACAUGAAUUUGUGCCUCUUAUCCCCAAUCGACCUGUCUCUCAUUGGUGCCUAUGCAAGUUGCGGGGAUCUAGGUUCUGCUGAGCUUGUGUUCAAAAGAACCACAAACGCGAAUGUUUUUGCGUUUAAUUGGAUGAUUUCAGCUUUAGCAUUCCUUGGCUACAAUGAGAAAUCAAUUGGCUACUUCUCUCUUCUUCAACAAUCAAGAACAAUUCCGAACAAGUACACGUGUGCUAUUGUGUUGAAAGCGUGUGUUGGUCUAAUGGAUCUGAAAAAAGGAAAAGAAGUGCACAGUAUGAUAUAUAGAAUGGGAUUUGAGUCAGAGUUAUUGGUCGCCAAUGCCUUGAUUGACAUGUAUGGUAAAUGUGGCAACACAGAAUAUGCUCGUUUAGUUUUUAAUGAUAUGGUUGAGGGAGAUAUUGUAUCCUGGACAUCCAUGAUAUAUUCAUAUGCUAACAUGGGAAAAAUUGAAGAAUCCUUUAUUUUGUUUGAAAAGAUGAGGUUAGAAGGCAUAAGGCCUAAUGAUUUUACAUGGAACGUAAUGAUCGCUGGAUAUGCUAGGAAAGGAGAUUGUGACACAGCUUUCAUGUUAUUCACUAAAAUGAGUAAAGAGGGGUUGACUCCAGAUUUGGUUACUUGGAAUGCAAUGAUUUCAGGGUAUGUUCAGAGCCAAAGAUCAACUGAAGCAUUAGCAUUAUUGCAGGACAUGUUGGAUGCUGGAGUUAAGCCUAAUGAAGUCACUCUCACUGGGCUUCUUCCUGUGUGUGGGUUGACUGACUCUGCAUGUACGGGGAAAGAAAUUCAUGGCUUAGUAUAUAGAUUAGAGCUUUUUGCUAAUGUCUUUGUUGCUAGUGCUCUCAUUGACAUGUACAGUAGAUGUGGUAGCAUGGAAGACGCUUGGAAUGUUUUCACUUCUGUUCCUUUCAAGAAUGUUGCAUCAUGGAAUGCUAUGAUAGGAUGUUAUGGAAAGCAUGGCAGAGUAGAACAUGCAAUCAAACUUUUUGAGAACAUGCAGUAUGAAGGAGUGCUGCCAAAUGAAGUAACCUUAACUUCUCUUCUUUCUGCAUGUAGUCAUGGUGGUUUAGUUGAGAAAGGUUUGAAGAUCUUUUGGUCCAUGGAGGAGUCUUAUGGCAUUAGAGCAAGGAAAGAGCAUUAUGCUUGUGUUAUUGAUCUUUUGUGUCGUGUCGGGAGGCUGGAGGUGGCUUACGAUAUAAUCAAAGAUAUGACGAUAGAAGUUACAGAUUCAAUUAUCGGGGCUUUCUUCAGUGGUUGUAAGGUCUAUGCCAGGAGAGAUCUUGCUGAAAAGAUGGCUAAGGAUAUAUUGCAGAUGGAUCUGAAGAAGCCUGUAAGUCUUGUAGCCCUUUCAAACAUUUAUGCUGCUGAGGGAGAGUGGGAGAAUGUUGAGAAUGUGAGGAACGUGAUGAAGGACAAGGGAUUCAAUAAGGUGCCUGGUUCCAGUUGGUUGUAGAUGAUAGGCUGAUAUGCAGAAAUAGAUCUAGGAAUGUGAAGCAACAUUUGCUUUUAAACCAUUAGAUAAUGGUGUUUCUGCUGAUAUUUGGUUAAACUCGGGGUCUUCAAGGCAAUGGGUCGAGGUAGAGGAAAGGGUAAGAAAUUGACUGCAAUUGACCAUGAUGAUCCAGGAAGUGAAGAAGAAGAAAAAAUCCCUACACAGAAGAGGAGAGGAAGGCCACAAAAAUCACUCAAAGAUGACAUUGAUGAAGAAGCAGCUGAAAUGAUUGAAGAGGAAGAUUCCGAGAAUGAAAAACUUGGAAUUCAGAACUUGGAGAUAAAAGGUUCUGCAACGGAAAAUGGGAAGAAGAGGAGGCGAAACACUCGGGUGAAAGAAAAGCAAGAUUCAGUUAAAGAGGAAAAUGGUAAUGGAACCAGAUCAAGCACCGAUGAAUCUGCUAAGUCCAAUAAUGGUUUCCGUCAUAGGCGAAAGAACAAGCCUCACCGUGCUGCUGAAGCUGGUGUUAAGUGCAACUGACAUUUUGGUUCUGCCAAUGUGGACUUUGUUCGUUUUGUGAUGGCAGAUAAAUCCUAUUACACUGUAAAUCACGCCUUAAUUUCUGUCUUUCUUUAUGCACAUUUUGAUACUUUCAUACAUUGACCUUUUCUUAACCUUUUUGGAAAGGUCCUGAGGUGGCCACACCACUUAUUAUCUUCAAUACUAGUAAUGUUGUAUCUUGAUCAUUUUAUGUGCACUCUGUUAUUUUCUUGGUUUAAAUGUGAUAUUCCUCUAUGUUGCUUUUGA